AUGGAUGUGCUCAGAAGAGGUGACACGCUAAACCCUAGGGUUAAAAGGAGCAGGAGCAUAAUCCAAAGGGACGAAAGAAACGAUGAUCACAGCAGCGGAAAUCAUCACCAACUGGUGAUUUAUGGAAAUUCUUUCAGAAACAAUUCGCUAGGGUACGCAUGGAGUGCCUACUUUGAUAAGAACAAAGUAAAGAAGAAUAUUAUGGUAUGCUGUGAUUUAAGUAAGAUUUGCGAUGACAUUUUAAAAGGAGUGGAGAACAACAGCUUGACUAUUAAAACGUUUUCCUUCUUGCUCAUUGGGGUGUGUAACAUAUACAAGAAGAAGGUGUAUUUUAUUGGUCAAGACUAUGAUUUUCUAAAAAGGAAGAUUUUGUCUCUGUACAAAAAUAAGGACAAUGAAUUGAACGACUUGAUGGUGACUGGUAAGGAUACGAAAAGAAGAAAAUUAGGAAAAGACAACGAAGAUGAUAGUAACAAAAAUGGAAGUAAGAAGAGAUUAAAUAGAAAUUCACUCAAUAUAAAGAGAGGUUCCAUUGGUUUGAACGAACUAAUUCCAUCCGUAAUUGAUAAUUUUACGGGAAGGAAAUCUCGCUUUUCUCUGAACGCUGAUGAGAUAAGUAUUGCGGGAACACAGAACAACAGUUACAAUGACAUGUUUAACGAGAACGAAAUGAAUAAUGAAAUGUUUCUGGAGAUUUCCGGCCUGAACUACCUAAACUUUGAUCCUGAAAACGAAGACACGGAGAAUGGCAAUGAUAAGAACGCUAUUAAUAAUAACUACAUGGAUGGAAAUAAUAGAAGCAUGAGCAACCGUAGUAGUGUUCACAGCAGUAUGAGUCACUACCACGACAUGGAGAAGGCGUUAGAGGGGUCGUAUAUUUCUAGGAAUAGCAUCCAUAUGAACAAUUUUGAUGGGCUGCAUCUGAAUAGAGAACUAUCCGAAUCGUUUCACAACCCCAUGGAUAAUUUGAAUCUGGAAAACUCCAUAUUGAACAAUAUGAUUCCGAAGAACAUGUUUUCAAAUUUAGAAAAUUCCAUGAAUGAGAAGGGCAGUAUGAUAGGUGAAUUUAACGACUUGGAGUUGAACUCCGUGCAGAGGAGUGAGGGAUUGAAUUCUAUAAAGAGGUUCAACGAUGGAGUGGAUAGAGAUGACAAUUCUGGUGUGAAUCCCGAUGGAGGUAUAGAGAAGGGGAAUCUGCAGAAGGAAUUCGCCAGUAUGGGAGGUGGACAAGCAUUUCAUGAGCCCUUUGGAAACUUGAACGUACAGGGAAAUGGGGCAAACGCAAAUGAUGGAAAACAAUUAACUAGCAACAUUAAUGGGAUGACAAGCGCAUCUAGAGACUUUCCAAACAUGCCAUAUAACAAUGUAUCUCCAGGAAAUAGCCAUUUCAUGGGAAGAUACCAUAACAUGAAUGGAUCUAUGCAUAACAGAAAUGAUCUGUACAAUUUGAAUCCGUUUAUGAGCAUUAAUUCAAUGAAUAAUAAUAAUUUUGAGGGUAGAAAUAGUUAUGGUCCUUAUGCGCAUGGGAUUCCAAAUCGUAACACUUUUGGAGACUUAGAUGGGAUGAGUAACGUCAUGAUGGGUAGCAUGUUCACCCCCCAGAAGAAGAGAAAUCUGUCGAAGAAGGAUGCCUACUUGGGAGCACUAAACUUUGAGUCGUAUCAGAAUUUUGAUUAUUUUCAUCAGAAGGAUGACGAUGCUUUUAUUAAAAAGCUCAACACAUUGCUCGGGUUGGAUGGGAAUGAUGAAAAUGAAGACGAGGAUGCUCGUGAUGAGGAUGAGGAGGAUGGCGUGCUUUUAUCUGAAGGGGAUAAGAGAAAUCAGGAGACCAGGACAGCCGAAGGACAAAUGGGAACUUCCAAAACGGGAGAGAACGAUAAAUCUGCAAAUAACCAGAUAAUUCUGAACGAUGAGAAGGAGAAAGACAAGGAGGUGAGUUCUGUCUUAAAUGGAUCCACCACGAAUCAGCUACUAGGGAAAAAAAGAAAACUAGAAAAACACAUUAUUGAUAAGAAUUAUAUGAUAAAAGAUACGGUGAUGAAGGGAAUGUUGAAAAACGAAAGUGUAGACUACAAGCAUUUCCUAAUCGACACAAUAAAUAACGAAAUAAAUGAGAAGAUGCAGAAGGAGUAUCCAUCCUUUCAGCAUUUCUUCCUACACAACAAUACCGAUAAGAUAAGAACUGUGCACAAGUUGGAAAUAAAUUUUGGAUACGAAUCUCAGGAUUGUGAGAAGAAGAAAAAAACUCUGGAAAAUUAUUUAACCUGUUCAGUGGGUAACAAAUCCUUUUUGUAUGAAAAUAGAAAUGUGCUUGAUCACUUUAAUAUAAAAAAAUGUUUGGACAAUAUCGAUGAUAGUAUGGCAUCCAACGAAAACGAUACGCUGUCGAAUUACUUCUUAUCCUUUGACGGAGAACACGAAGGAGGAAGCAUGAGAAGUGACAACAAUAUGAUGAAUUUCGAGGAGGUACGAGAGGAAGUUGGUGGAAUGCAAUUUGAUCUACCGAAUGAAAAUCACCAGAAUGAUUACAAGAAUAGGUUUAGCAUAGAUCCGUCCUUAUCACAGCAUGAGCACAUAGACCUAAAUUUGAAUGACCUUAAUAUUAACGAUUUGAAUAUGAAGGAUGACCUCUCCUCUUUUAAGGACGACAUGGGUUCUAGAUUGAACAUGGAAAGUCAGAUGUCCCCCAAAAGUUUGGUAGUGUAUGGGGAGAAGGAUAAUAGCGUAGAGAAAAAUGACGAAUUGGAAAUGAAUGGAAAUUUCCUAAAUGACCGACUGAAUUCUGAAUUCACCUCCUCGUCUGCUUCCCCCCAUUUGGAUAUGUCCAUCAACUCCAAUUAUGAUUUCUCCAAUAUUUUCAUGAAGGACAAUGAGAGUUCAGUGUUGGAUGAUAAGUGUGGAGACGUGGACAUAAAUCUGAACCAGGACUUUGAUUUAAUUGCCAAGGAUUUACUGGAAGUGUACAAGAAUUUAUCUACAAAAAUUAACUAUAUUUUUUUCGACCUCAUUACGAAGAAUAGACAAUCGAGGGAUGAAGUAUCUGUUUUGUUUUACAUCACUUUACACUUGGCAAAUUUGGGGUACAUAAACAUAGUGCAGAAACCGAUUCUUCCGGACCAGUUGGGUUCCUAUGGGGAGAAUUUCUCCAGGCCCAUUUUCAUUCAGUAUAUUGGUCAAAGAGACAACUAA